AUGAAAAGUUCAAGAAAAUAACCUUAAAAAAUGAAAGCCUUUAAUAUACUUCAUCUUGAACAUGUAGCAAAUCGAAUUGAUCAAUUACUCAAUCCUACUUAUAGAGAAUAAUUUACUUAAGUGAGAUAAAUCAAACCAGGAAUUAAAUUUGUUAUUAACAAUAAAUUGACUCCUUAUAAGCAUAGAUAAUCUGUUUUUGAAUAAAUUUAAUCAUCUCGAUCCAGUAUAAUUCAAAGUUAAGAUAGAUAAAGAAAGUAAAAUAACAACUCUUCAAAAAGUUCAUCAUUUUUGGAAAAAAAAAUAAAUUAAUUAAAAAAAGAACUGGGUGAUUUGUAAAAAGCUCGACUAUUUGAAAAAAAUAAACCAAUUCAUUCUGUUCACAAAAUGGCCCUUUAUAAUAAUCUAUAAGAAAUGUAAUAGGAUCACAAAUUGUUGAUAAUAGACAAAAAACCAUAAUCAGCUAGGAAAAUUGUUGAUAAAUCUAUAGAGGAAUUUAAUGGUCCUAUUAAAAAGAAACCAUAAUAACAUAUGUUUUUAUAGAAUUUAGUUAUUGAAAAUUCAUCAAAUCAAUUAGAACCAUCUGUUAUUAGUAUUCCUACUCCAGAAAUAAAAGCAAAAAUUAAAGUUAUUCCUUCAUAAUAAAGAAGUGUUAGUUAAGGUUUGAUAACCUAAUAAAAAAGACCAAUAAAGAUAUGGAACAAUGAUCUUAUUGAAUUUAAAGGUUGGGAUGUUGAAGAAGAAGAUGAUUACUUAAGAUUAGGAUGA